GCAAUGACUGGUUCUGUCUAACAUUCUGGAUCCCUUCGAUGAGAUCUCCAAUUGGUAACAUCAUAUCCGUGAAACCACAACCCGCCGCUCCAAUUCAUCACCCUGACCAGCUAUGGCAGUUGCAGAGGGUCGACUCGGAUAUAGCAAAGAACAACAUGCUCACCAGACAGAUGGCUACGGACGAUACAUCGACGUGCCCUUUGCUACCCUCGAACAUCAACUCCAUGCCGCUGCCCUUGGCGAUUGCACCGGCAUUACGGUGCUCGACCUCGGUGGCGGCCAGGGCCUGCGCGCGCGCCAGGUCAUCGACCACGGCGCUGCUGCAGUGGACGUUGUCGACUUGUCCCCCGAGAUGAUGCAGGCCGGUAAGAAGAUUGAGUCGUCAUUGGGUAGGAGCGAGGAUGUGAUCCACUGGAUUGAGGGCGACGCGUCGAAGCCGGAGAGCCUGGCGGCCUUGCCGCUGAGGUUCAAGGACGAAGGGUACGACAUGGUGAUGGCGAACUGGCUGUUCGACCACGCUUCCAGCAUGGAUACCCUGGACGGCAUGUUCCGGUCCGUGGUCGCGUAUCUGAAGCCCGGAGGCCGCUUCGUCGGCACCAGGGUCAUCCACGGCCAUACUUCCCCGGCUGCCACCACCGGCAAGUACGGAUACAUCUACAAAGACUUUGGGGAGAUCCCCAACGGAAUGGCCUAUCGCUACACCUUGUAUGUCAACCCUCCAGUCUCGUACGAUGGGGCGAGCAUGGAGGUGACAUACAACCCGGCUCUGAUCGGCGACUUCCACGCCAAGUACGGGCUGGAGGACACGGAGCUCGUGCCUUCGGCCAGAGCAAGCUGUACCCGAGAGGACCCGGAAUACUGGAAGCUAUUUGUAGACACUCCAAGUAUGGCGGUUGUAAAAGCUAGGAAGAAGGAGUGAGGUAUGAAAUGAUGCGAUCCGGCAAUCGCGAGAGUGCUCUAGACGGUGAUUGUGCGAGGAACAUCGGAGGGUCCGCAUAGCGAGCAUGUCAUGGUUAGACUGUGUUCCGGCCUUUAGAUCCAGCUGAAAUUUAUUGCUCUUGGCACGGUAAUGUAUGGUACUUGCCGAAGCCGUGGCUUCCAAGGUUGGACGGAGCCAAGAUAGCUCAAAUAUACACUGUUUUCGCACAAUUGGAAGUGGCUUAUUAGCUGGCGUGAAU